AUGUCUUCAAAGUCAAGACCAAAACAACAAAACUCCAAAAUUCUUUCUGCUUCUGAUGAAGAAAUCAAAUACAGGAGAAAAUAUAAAGAACUUAAAAAGAAAAUACAUGAAAUGGAAGAGGAAAAUGAUAAAAUAAAUCUUAAAUUGGUGAGAGCCAAAAAAAGCAUACAGCGAUUAAAGAUAGAAAGAAGUUUUCUAGUGGAUCGUUUAGAGCAAUCACAACAGCACAUUAAUAAUGAAUCUGGGUCAGAGAUUUCAUCAUCUCCACCAAGAGCAAUGGAUACUGAUGAUGAAUUAAAUUCGGUGGGUAGUGAUGACAAUAAAAAUAAAAAUAAUGAUGAUAGUAGCUCUUACAAUAAAAACAUGUCAUCACAAGAAGAAAUGCUUGAAGACUCGCGUGUAGGGAAACGUAAAAAACAAGUUAGAGAUCCAAAUGCACCUAAAAGACCACGUAAUGCAUUCUUGAUAUAUUGUCAGAAUCAGCGUGAACAAGCAAAAGAAGAAAAUCAAAACAACAAAGGAUUUCAAGGUGUUACUAGAAUAUUAAGUCAAAAAUGGAAGGAUUUACCUGAAGAUGAAAGAAAAAUUUAUUUUGAAAUGUAUAACAAAGAAAAAUUACGUUAUGAAAAAGAAAUGUCCAGUUAUGUUGGAGCUUCUUCGAUAAAUAAUUAUGGUCCUGAGGAUUCACAAAGAAAUCAAAAUGUAUCAAUAAUGAUGAUGGGAGAAGAUGAUGUAAAUACCAAUAAUGUUAUCAAUAAUGUUACUGAACAUUCUAUUGAUUACGACGAUCAAGCAAAUACUGAAAGACAACCAAUUUCUUCAAGCAACAUUCAUAAUCAUUACAAUAGUCAAGAAGAAAAAUAUCGAGAUGGAGCUGAUGCUUGUGCCACAGAGUCAGAAGACAAUGAAAUGUUUGAUGAAUUAGCAGCAGACAUAGCAUAUAAUAGAGGAUUUACAAGAGAUGUGUUGCGUUAUAAUGAAAACGAAAACGAGGUAAGGGGUUUAGGAGCUGAAGAGGAUGAAGAUGAAGACGAGGAUGACGAGGAUGAAGAAGACGAGGAUGAAGAAUUAGGCAGCGUUGAAGGUGGUGGUGAUUUAGAAUACGAUAGACGUGACGUACACAACAUGAUGUCAGAGAAUGAAGAUUAA